GAAAUCUUUCCAAAGUUAUAUUUAAUGUUGAAUAUCCAUCAUGUGUCGGUUAUAUCUUCCAUUUACAGAUACCAAAGUUAGCAUGCAUAUAUCCUUGUAAUGCUUUCCAAUUACAGAUAGGAAAGAGUAAUAUUUUUUUUAACAACACUUAAUGGUUGGCAUUUACUGUCAAAACCACCACAAAAAUCUAUCCAUUUCUCAACCUAAAAAUAGUAUAUAGUCUAUCAUCUUUUACAUCAAAGCAAAUUUAACCAACCAUAUUUUAAGGUGUUUCCUUGUUUUUCAACGGUCUCAAAAGUGUAAAUAAAAGUUAGACUUGCAAGGAACCAAAGUUUACAUCUUGGUUUUUUUGAAUUUCAACACCUUUGCAAGAAAAUUCUCAUCAAAAGGACUUUCUUGUAGCAUCAAACAUUAAGAUACAUUUUGCAACUCAAAAAAUAUAUAUAUAAUGAGUUUCCGAAACAGAGAUAGUUCUCCAAAGGAGACAGAUUCUCCAGUGGGAGAGAGGGAGAUUGACACAAGAGCACCAUUUCAAUCUGUCAAGGCUGCUAUUGGUUUGUUUGGUGAAGUUCGUGUCAACCGGGAUAGAAAUAAUUCUAUCAAGAGAAGAUCUUCAGAGAAUGUAUUGGAAAAGGAGACUCAGCUUCUCUUGGCUCAAAGAGAACUAAACAAGAUAAAGAAAAAGCUUGAAAGUGCUGAGAGUACAAAAGCUAAAGCGCUUAUCGAGCUUGAUAAGGCCAAUAUAACACUUCAAGAAUUGACAAAGAAACUCAACACUGUGAGAGAAUCAAAGCAAUCUGCAAUGGAAGAAAGUGAGGUUGUGAAGAAUCAAGCCAAAGAACUCGAAAAGGCGCUAUCACAGAAAGCGAUAGGGUAUGAAGCUUGGAAACAAGAACUAGAACAUGCAAGAAAGGAGUACACUACAACUGUAAAAGAACUAGAUGCUUCCAAGCAAGAACUUAACAAAAUAAGACAAGAUUUUGAUGCCGCUUUGGAGGCGAAAUUGGCUGCAUUUCAGAUGGCAGGAGAAGCUCAGCGUUCGGCGAAAUUGAACUCGGAAAAGAUCAAUGAACUCUCAAAGGAAAUUGCAACCAUGAAAGCAUCAAGAGAAGAACUCAAGCUAGCAACUGCACAAGCACAAGAAGAACAGAUUAAAGUGAUGGGAGAAAGAGAAGAAAAGUUAAACUUUUACAAAACUUCAAAGGAAGAAAUAGAUAAUAAAUUGAUGGAAGUGAAGAAUGAGUAUGAUCCUGAAGAAACACAAAGUCUCGAGGCGAAACUUGCUGAAACAAGUGCUGAAAUUCUGGUUCUUCAAGAGAAGAUAAAAGAGUUUCGUGAGUCUGAGAUGGAUUCUGUUGAGGUAAUAACUUUGGAAAUCAAAGAAGCAACAAAGAAACUGCAAGAAAUUUCUGAAGAAGAAGCUUCACUGAGAAACCUUGUGGAUUCCCUUAAGACAGAAUUAGAACAAGUGAAGAAAGAACAAGAGGAGCUUAAGGAGAAGGAACAAGCAGCGGAAGCUCUUGCUGCAAACCUAACUGGCGAACUACAAGGUAGCAAAGAAGAGGAAAAUUCUAUGGAAAACAAAGAAUCUAAUGAGAGUCAUUGUCAAGAAAUAGAAUUGAAAAUCAAGCAGUUAUCAUUCGAGACAGAAAAUGCAAGAAAAGAAGAAGAAGAGAUGAGAAUGAAAGCUCAGGAACUGAAACAAGAAGCUGAUAACUCCAAAGCUUUGUCUGAAGAAAUAGAAGUUAAACUAGAGGUUUUAUUUAAACAAGCUGAAGAAGCAAAAGCAGACGAAAAAAGAGCUGUUGAGGAGAUGAAGUUGUUGUCUGACGCACAAGGUAGUGUCUCCGUUUCUGAUUCCAGUGGUAAGAUCGUGUUGACAGUUAAUGAAUUUGCUGCUCUAAGUGGAAAAAUCAAUGAAUGUGAAGAUUUGAUUGAGAGGACAGAAACAACUGCAAUGGCUCAGGUGGAAGCAAUCAACACAAGAAGAAAUGAAGUGAACAAAAAAGUCGAAGCUAAUCUUCAAGCAAUCGAAGAAAUAAAAGCAGCAACAGAUUUGGCUUUGAGGAAUGCAGAGAUGGCAGAUUCAGCAAAACUUGCAGUUGAAGGUGAAUUAAAGAAGUGGCGUCAAGAAGAACAAAAAGGAGUACCUAGUUUGGAUAUCUCGGAUAACUCUUCAACACCGAUCUCGAUACAGAGCUAGAAGCUUUAAGUCUUUCAAGCUCAGAAUGGAUAGAGUGAAGUCUCGGGUCCAUCACAAAAUCACUUUGGUUGUAGCAUUGGCUUUUUCGUCUUUAUCUUGAGAGUUGAGAGGUUGCUUGCAAUACAAGAAUCACUUAUGUGUCACCAACUCUCCCAGUUCAAUAUGAAAGUUUGUCAAAGUUUCACUUCCACACAAAAUUGUGCAGAUGUGAAUGCUCAUGCUCAUUGUCAACAUCCUGGUUCCUUUAACAGACAAGUUUUAGCUGUUUCA